AUGGACCGCGCAAACGGGGGUGGCCCCGGUGCAGCUGCGGCUGCCAGCAGGGCAGAACGAUUCGAGGAUGAGAAGCGCCGCAUUAUCGAAAGCUGCUUCAACAAGAAGGAUGUUGAUGGCUCUCUUCUCGAAACCUACAUCACCCACAUCCGAAUCACCGAAUACUCCUCCUAUCCUACGACCCCUCCUCCACCUCAGGCGCGGAAUGGCGAAUCACAGAAACCUCGAAUAAUAAUCGUAGCUGUGCGCAAAUCCGGCCGAGUUCGUCUGCACAAGUCCAAAGAAAACCAAAAUGGCUCCUUUUCCAUUGGCAAGACAUGGAACCUCGACGAUCUAUCGCGCAUUGAAUCUUAUACUGGCCCCGAGGCCAGACCCGACUAUCGCGACUGGGCUGGUGAUACUGGCUUCCAAGUAACACUCGGAAAGCCCUAUUUCUGGCAUGCCCAGACGGAUAAAGAAAAGAAGUUUUUUAUAGCCAGUCUUAUCAAGAUAUAUGGCAAGUACACGGGCGGAAAGACGCCCGAGCUUGCAGGAUUUGAGCAAAAGGAGUACGACCAGGUAAUGGGAGCUACGAGACGUCCAGCCACUGGUGGUUCAAGACCUCCUCCACCUCCACUGUCCGAGCAAGCUACCAGCCAGAAUGCAAGCGCUCCCCCUCGUCCUAUACACCCAAUGCACCCUGCAGCGCAACAAGGAAACCAGGGACCUGGUAUUCGUCCACCGCACCCAAACCUUGGUCCUUCACCCGUUGGAAGCUUCGAUUCCAGUGCUUCGAGAGAACGUCCGCCUGCGCCUCGAUGGAUGGCACAAAACAACAAGAGCCAGGAUUCCGUUGCUACCUCCUUUACUGCCAGAAGUGAUGACGGUUCUAGCCUACCACCGCGAUCUCGCAAUGGUGCGAACGGGCCGGGAUCGUAUGGCAGAUUUGGGGAGGCUGCUGAUAAUCGAACUCCAUCUGUCCUUACACCUCCUCAGCCUCCAUCUCAAUCGCAGUCUUCGCCCAAGUCCCAACCGCCAUCCAUUCUCUCACCCCCUCAACCUCCGCAGUCAGUUCCUUCACCCCUUCAGUUAGAAAGACCGCCCCCGGAGAGGAGACGGCCGCCCAUGGAUCCAACUCGCCCUCAGGAUCGAGACUUAGUUCCUCCACCACUGAUCAGUCCUAACAAAGAGCCAAUGGCCCCUCCGCCUCGUAGCAGCGAGCGUGUUGUCUCGAGACUGGAUAACUCAAGUCAAAAGUCAGCCAACAGUUCUUACAGUGGAAGUGUUCUGGAACAGCCCAAACCCCCACCCACAGGAAGAUUGCCAGAUCCGCCAAAACGUGAGCCGCUUGGUACGCCUGCUGCCCUCAGGCCAGGAUCAUCACCUUCUCGUACACCAGCUCAAACCCCAACUUCUGCUAUGGGUUACCAACAGGGUGGUCCACCUCGAGCCAACACAGGCAGUCCGGCACCGGCUCAAGGUCGUAUGCCCAGCCCUUCACCAGUUCGGGACCCCAGUCCUGCAGCAGCCCGUGUGCCUAGCCCUGCACCGGCCCGCGUACCUACCCCUUCACAAGCCAAUGCGCCGAGCCCUGCGGCGGCUCUCUCUCCAGGUUCUGGAGGUGGAGGCUCUUCAGACGUCUCGCCCAUGACAGUGAGCGUGCCCAGGUUUGGAAACCUACAACAGCCACCUGAGCUUCCCAAACAAGAGUCGCCCAAGCCGGUAGAUGAGCCAUCACCCGGAGAGCGUGGGGCGGAAAUCUCCGAUCGAGACUCUAACCCAUCCCCAGCAAUCUCAGGUGAAGAAAAGCCCGGCUUGGGUCCUAUGAUUAAAGCCAAAAAGUCUAGAAAUGAAAUUGCUGGCGCCCUCUGGAAGGCUGCAUCUGCAGCGAAUGCCGCCACCGCCUUUAAACCCAGACCAGGUGGUGCUGGAGAGCGUUUGCGUCUUUUGAAGAGCAAGACGGAAGAGGGACCAGAUGGAAUCAGUGGCGUUGUACCUGCACCACCAAGGCCAUCGGAACAGCCUACACCUGAAGAGACACCCGUGGAGACACCCAAAACUGAAGAAGAAAAUAAACAGUUGGAGGAGCAGAAGCCGGCUGAGCCAAACAAGUCGGCGAAUCGAAUGUCUCUGGUUCCUGAAGUUAAAAUUACUCUCCCAACGAGCAGGCCAGUUAGUGUACAUGGUCCACCUCAGGAAGUACAGAAACCAAAGGAGCCCGAGAAGGAAAAACCGCGUCGCUCCAUUAAUGCGGGUAACGACAUGAAGUACCUGCAGUCAUUAGGUGUCAACCCCGCUAUCCUUGAUGAAAGGAGUGAGGAGUUUGCUCAAUGGCUGGAUUAUUUUGGAUGGAUUCCGGGAGAUCAAAUGCGAGCUCGCAACGUGGAAGAAAUGAGGGCUGACUUGGAGCGUGAACUCAACAAAGCCCAAGCUGGUGGCUGGCUGGCUCGCUUCCGUGAAGAAGAUGAGCGUGUUGAUGCGAUCAAAGCAGGACUUGAUGUUGCCAUGGCCGAGUGUGAGGAGCUGGAUAACCUCCUCACACUCUAUUCAACACUCUCCGAGGAUAUUGCCUACAUCGAAGCCCAGGGUCAAGGUCUCCAAGUGCAAACUGCAAACCAGAAGCUACUCAAGAAAGAACUUGAGUCCUUGCUUGAGACUUGUGCCAUCACAUCAAACGAGCUGGACGUACUAAGAUCAGCGCCUCUGGAUGAUAUCAGUGGUCUGCAAGAGGUCGAAUCAUCCCUUGUAACACUCUACAAGGCCAUGGUCAAGAUUGAUCCUUCUCGCACCAGCGCUGAUCAGCUAAAGGUGGAUGUCACAUCGGACACAAACCAAGGCCAUGGUCUCAACCCUGAUUUCAACCAGAUGCGCAUCGUUCAGGAGAAGAAGCAGGUCUAUGAUCAGGAAAGUGCCAUGUUCAUCGGCAGGUUCGUCGCUUUCAUGUCCCGACAGUUUGACCAGGCCUUUACCGAGACAAAGCUUGCUAUGGAGGGAGCUUUGUCGAGAAAGGUGGAUUCAACACAUCACGAUCUUGGCCGCGACACACUUUGGCAAUUCAGUCCCCUUAUGCUUUACGCCAGGGAUAUGCAUGGCGAAGAGUGGAACCAGGUUAUCCAAAUUUACCAAGACAAGAGUCAACCUGUAUACCGGGUCGAGUUCCAGGCUGUUGUCGCGGCUUGGCGUAGAAAUGCCAGGAAGAUGACCGGAGAGGAGGCCGAACUGCUAUUCACAUCAGCAAUUGAGAAGAACCAGGACGGAGGCGUAGCUACUACUGCCAGGAAGCUGACAGUCAAGCGCAGCGGAACUUUGGCCCGUCUUCGAUCCCCUCGAGAAGACGGCGGUAACAAAUCCAAGGUUGAAAAGGGGGCGAGCGACAACAAAGAUCUACCUUAUGAAGUCUUUGCUGGAGUCCUGGAUGACCUGCUUCCCUUGAUGCAGAUGGAGCAAAACUUCAUUGUUGACUUUUUCCAUGCAACAACACUUGAACAAAUCGAUUUCCCUGAUGCCGUCGCUGCAACACCGCCAUAUGACCGGGGAGGCACUGAUCUCCGAAGACCUCGACUAAUGGAGCCCGAUCGAGACCUGGCCAGACGCAUUCUUCGUGCAAUGGAGGUCAUUUUCACGUUCCUGGAGUCUGAGCUACUGCGUCUCAUGGAAUGGGUUGUCGGGCAGGAUCCUUUGCAAGGAAUCGGUGUUCUAGCGACUUUGGAAAAGUACAUCGCUGAUAUUAGUCAGUCCAACCAAGAGUACCUUAAUACCCUCUUGCAAAAGCUUCAUGGUCACUUGGAAGUCCGUUUCAAGAAGUUCGUCGACGAGCAGCUUCGUGCUAUCGAAGAGACCAAGGUCAAGAUCAGCAAGCGAAAGGGUGUUAUUGCAUUCAUUCGUAUCUUCCCUCUCUUUUCAGCAGCUGUCGAGAACAUGCUGGUAGGUGUCGACGCCCUGGCAGCCCGAGGUACCAUCGACCGUGAAUACGACCGUAUACUCAAGACCAUGUAUGACUCGCUCAUGGUUAUCGCGCGGGAGAACCCCUCAGUCGGCAUCGUCACAACCGGUUCUGCGGACCCAGAGGACAAGGAGGCGCUCAACUUCCAUAUUCUACUUAUUGAGAAUAUGAACCAUUUCCUUGAAGAGACGGAAACCAGAGGACUGGAUGUGCUUGAGGAAUGGAAGGAAAAGGCCAACUCGACGUACUACGAGCAUAUGAACCUGUACCUCAAUGCGGUAAUGCGUCGACCACUUGGCAAGAUUUUGGAGCAUCUCGAGAACAUGGAGGCUCAAUUACAGACGGGCAAAUCACCAGCAUCGAUUGCCGCGCAGCCAUCCAACAGCAAAACGGUCUUCAACAAGGUUCUCAGCAACUACGACUCCAAGGAAAUCCGCAAGGGUAUCGAAGCGCUACGCAAACGUGUUGAGAAGCACUUUGGCGACGCCGACGACCCAGCGCUGAGCCGAGGACUGGUCAUCAAGGUGCUCUCAGAGUGCGAGCAGUUCUACGAAAAGGUCGAGAGACGGGUGGGCGCAGUUACGACCAAUGUUUAUGGUGGUGAUAUCCUUUUCGAGUGGCCUCGAGCUGACGUCAAGGCUGCAUUCCGUUGAGUACCGGGGGGUGUUUAGAGUGAAUGGGAAUAUGAUCACAUGAAUCUGCUGUAUGAAUACUAUAGUUAUUAUUGGCGUGCAUGAUCAGAUAUGGGUAAACGAGGCGCCUUUCGUGGUAAACAAGGGAUGAUGAGUCGAGCGUUGGACGGAUGAGUUUUGGUCUAUCUCAAUAUGUUUACAUGAGCGAAUGAGUGAUUGUUCUUUUGUAUACAAAUAUGAGCAUUCGAGCAUAAAGUCUUUUAUAAUUGUGAGCUGUAUAAGAUGACUGAGAAGAUGACUUGUUCUCAUCCUGCAUAGAUAACUACCCUAGAAACAACAUGUGAUAGAGAGGAUCGUAUUAAAUACAAAUGUGCAAUCGUUCAACAAAAUCAGCAGAAAUAGGAGAAUGUUCAAAUCAAGCUGUACCUCAGUUCCCAGUAUAAUAGGCCUCUCGUUUGGGCAGUUCUAUCCUGCAGGUCGGAUAGCUUCAUUGCCAUGGGUUCAUCAUAGGCGCUGUUGUUACGACUUUGGAAAUGGCGAGACUUCCUGCAUAGUCUGACCAUAGACCUCAGAUCCCAGUCAGACAGCUUUGUCGUUAUGGGUUCAUCAUUGGUGUGAGAUACAAGGUGUACAUGGAGGGAAGGGUAGAGAGGAGGAGUGGGAGUGGGAGUGGGAGUAGGAGGAGUGGGGUUAUAUAGAUCAAGAUAAAACUUUAUUUGAAUUCUUAUAUAGAUUAAGCUUAAACACAACACAGCAUCUACUUUACAGUGUCAUGUGUGGCUUUCCAUUAUCGUGACUAUCAUCGUCAGACAGGCCGUGGCUUAACUUUAUACAUUCAUGCUACCCACCUAGUGACACUUAAAUCGAUCGAAUAUUUAAUAACAGUUGUUUCAGGCAAUAUCAUAUGUCCCAUUAAUAAAAUGAAAUUAAUCAACCGAAAUAGUUCCCUUAUUGCUCAAAUGACCGCGAGAACUGAUAGCACCCAGCGUUGUUUGUCCACGUUAUUGAUAUAUAUAUAUAUGUUUCGUAUUUCUACCCGAACACCAAGCCUGCGUUUCGUAAAUACAUUUCCAAGGCGUGAAUCCAUCGCCCCCCUAAACUUCUAUCCAGCCAGUCAUAUAAUUAAGCACAGAGUUACAAGCCCAAAAUACAAUUAAAAAAAAGUCACAAAGCCGCUGGAAUUCUACAGUCGUUCAUCAUCUUCAUCCGAGUCCCAGAUCUCAGGCGGAACUCUCGUAUCAUCGCGUAGCAGGCUGUCUGGCAGCAUCUGACUCUUUGUCAACAGCUGCGACGAGUCCGGAUUGUAACCCGGUGGCAAACGCAGCGCUUCAUCCUCAUCGUAUCCGUCCAACAGACUCUCGGGAAGUCCGAUGCUGCUGGAUGAGUGUAGCGGAGGGCGGCGGAUGGAGGAUGACUGUUGUUUUUCAGGCGUAGAAGCUUGGGAGACGGUGGUUGCUUGCGAUGGGCGGACUGUGGGUCGUUUGGAUGUACUGCCUAGAGAAGGGCGAGAGGCGUGGCGGGAAGAUGCUGUGCGGGGGGUUCGAUGAGGGGGAGGUUUGAUGGUUGUGGGAGAGGAGGGGAUAUGGGCUGGGGGAGUGGUGUUUUGUUGGUCAUUGGUCUCUUCAUCGGGGGUUGAGGGGACGAGAAUGUCGUCUGAGGGAGGGAAUUGGGUUGACGAAGCAAAGUCGCUCUUGAGCUGGGCUUCAACCUGCUGCGAC